AUGCUGUACAGGAUGUUUUUGGUGUGUGUGUGUCUCAGUGUGUACACUUCAGCCUCCUCGCUGAGCUGCAGAUGGGUGCAUCACAAGUUCAGUCAUCUCAGCAGACGCUCUAUGGAUCUACUAGACACCAUGGCUCAUAACUCCACUAACACCACUGAGGAUGCUGAAAUUAACUUCCCCAAUGAUCUGUACAACCAGGCGUCCAAAGCAUCAGCUGAGGACAAACUCAGGUUCUCAGUUCAGAUCCUGGAGGAGAUGCUUGCCUUGUUUGACGAGGAUCACAGCAAUGCAUCAUGGGAGGUGCAAACGGUGGAGCACUUCCUGAUGGUAGUGACCCAGCAGGCCGACGGCCUUCACUCCUGUAUUAAGCGCCACGGCCACAAGAAGAAGAACAAGAAGCUGCAGAUGUAUUUCGGGAGACUAUCUCGCCGUGUCCUGGAGCACAUGGGCCACAGUGCUGAAUCCUGGGAGCUGAUCAGGAAGGAAAUGAAAGUCCAUCUGAUGAAAACAGACCAGCUGGUUCUGUCUCUCACCAACUAAAACUGUUUAGUUUUUUUAGUCCAAAUGCGUUGGUUCAUGUGCUGACAUGCAGUCUAUUUAUUUAUCUAUUUGUUUAUUUAUUUAUUUAUUUAUUUAGUUUAUUUAUUAACUUAUUCAUUCGAUUUUUACUUCAUUAUUUAUUGAUUUGCAUAUUUAUUUAUUUGUUAAUUUACUUAAUACCAACAUCUGUCUUUGUUGAUUUUAGACCAACAUUUUUGUUCUGAUAUUAUACUGUAAGUAACCAGC